AUGGAUGACAUUGAUGGUGGUCUUGGUGUAGGCAUUACCCUUCUUUCUGAUGGACACAAGCGGUUGCUAGAAGCAGUAAAAGAAAGGUGUCCAGAAGUUGAACACAGACAAUCACCAAGUUCCUCCAGGGGUAGUGGAGCCGGACCAAGUCGACCAGCAACAGCCCAACCACCACCACCACCACCACCACCAGCCCAACCACCACCACCACCACCACUACCACCAACCCAACCACCUCCACCACCACCAGCUGCAAGUCCUGUCCCAAGAAGGGCCCCAAUUGGUAGAAGUGGACGGAGGCAAUAUUCUGAAAGGAUUGUCAAAAUGGCAUUAAGGAGGAAGAUACCUGGGGUUGGGAGCAGUGCAAAGAACACUGCAGUCCUUGAUUAA